UUCGGACAGCCGCCUCUCCUUACGGUUCAACAACAUAGCAACUCCCUGAUCUUCGUCUAUCUCGCAUCCAAGCAUACCGCACAUUUCCUACUCCGCCAACAUGACCAGCUAUGACCCCAUCCGUGUCGCGCACGACCAGCUUCGCAAGACUACCUUCAGGCCUCAUCACAUGACUAAGGUAUUGUACCCAGACCUAAGCAUCCUCCUUGGCGAUGAGAGUGGCUACAGUCUAGAUGACAUGAACGGCAAUCCGAUGACCAAGCACCUUUACGAGCCGCUGCCUUUGAUCCACGACAACGCCGUCGAGGCUCAUGCGGGGCGGGACAACGAGGAGGAGACGAGCUUCUUCACAAUCACCGCAGCACAGCCGUUUCCGGGUGGCCACCUAGAGCUCAGCACCACUGAAGUAGCCUUCCACUCGUUGAUUGAGGACAUGUGCGUCGUGGAAGUCUACAUGGGCCACUCCACUGUUAGCAUGGUGACUUACGAAGUCCAGAACGAAACCUCCGGAGUUGUCACCGUGUGGGCUCGCCUCAAGCGCGUCACCAAGCUCUUGCACCCAGGCGGCGUCUGGGACGAGAACGCGAGAGAAUACGAGUUACCGCUGCGCAUUCUGCACAAAUUCCACAACGAAAACCCUUCCCUGCACUGGCUUACCUACCUGGUUCUGCUAAGCACUAGACAGACUGACCGCGCAUACAGGCACGUUCGUGUUCAGCUCGCCUCGUUCGAGGAGCGAGACUGGACUCAACCUAGAUUCAAGCCUAAACGCAAGCAAGACGCCACACGCCUGCUUGAACCGAAGCUUGAACCGGUCAUCCUCAAUGGCGAGGGCUGCUGCAUUUGCGGAGAGCAAGAUGCACCCGACCUGAUCGCUCUCCCCUGCGACCGUCGAACCGGGCCCCGAAGUAGCCACCUGCCCCCACUGCCGCACCAAGAUCUUCCCCAAGCGCGAGGCCGACGACCUGCGCUACGGUCUGACCGACGGCGUCUACCACCACGACGAUCGCUACAGGGCCUAUGAGAACUUCGAGCGCAGCUGCGCGGACAUUGACAAGGAGCUGGCCGAGGACCAACAAACCGUGCUCAGCAUCAACGCGCCCUUGCUCCUCCAAAUCUGGUCCCACAUCCAAGCCGGCCUCCUCCACGACAUGAUCACCCCACGCGAGCUCAACCCCGUGCACUUUCCCGAAUGGAAGCUCGUCAACUCCACCAUCGCCAAGUACGUCAAUUCUCUGAGCGGAACGGCCGUGUACCAGCACUACUUCUUCGCGCGCGCAAUCGACGAAGUGUACGAAGAGUUUACGCGGCGCUUCCGCGCGGCCGGCCUGCACGUCUUCGUCCACGCGGAGGAGGAAGAGACGUUGAGGUAUCGGCCGAGGGAGGCGGAAUGUCUGGAUCAGAGCUUGAGGCCGGGCUUGAAGGAGGCGCUCUUUCGCUGCCUCAACCGUAC